GGAGCGGAAAGGGCAGCUCAUCUGUCCUGGAGGGCUGUGACAGCGGUCGAUGGUGGUGACGGGGGCUGUGGUAGCAGCUCUGUGCCUGCUCUGCUGUCUGGGGAAACUGAGGCAGCCGUGGCGGUGAGCUGUGUCCCUUUCCACUGUGCUUAUCCCGUGGCCCUCGUGCCAGCCGCAUGUCCAUGUGCUGUCUCUUGGCGGUGCCGUGUUUGUGUUCCUGCAUGUGGCUGAUGUCCCUGGUGCCACUGCCAUGUCCAAGGCUGUGGGGGGGCUGUGGCUGGGUGUCACACCCAUGCCCGUGUGCCAUGUUCAUAUGCCACAUCCAUGUGUGACAUCUGUGCUCGUGUGCUGUGCCCAUCUGGCAUUGCCAUGUGCCCAUACCAUGUCCCUGGGCUGUGCCUGGCUGUCACAUCCAUGCCCGUGUGCCGUGUUUGUGUGCCGUGUUCAUGUGUGACAUCCAUCUCCCUGUGCCAUGUUUGUGCGCUGUGGCUGGGUGUCAUAUCUGUGCCCAUGUGCCGUGUUCAAGUGUGACAUCUGUGUCCGUGUGCUGUGUCCGUGUCACAUCUGUGCCCGUGUGUUGUGUCCGUGUGUCCCGCCUAUGUCCCUGUGCCCUGCCGUGGGCUGGCGGGGGCUCUGCGUGCCGGGCGCUGUCGGGGGUGUGGGGGGUGCCGGGUCCCCGCGGGUCUCACGGGCGAGGGAGGAGCCAGCAGCCACCCCCGAGGGGAUAAAACCCGGGCGCAGAGGAGCUGCCCUGUCCCUGCGCUGUCACCCCAGCCCUGCUGUCACCUCCCGCCUCCGCUAUGGUGAUGUCCCCGCGGCCGUGGCGCAUGCUGGCCGUGCUGGCCCUGUGCACGCUGCUCUGUCUGGGCUCACUGGUGGCUGCGUACCCCCCAAAACCCGAGAACCCUGGGGACGACGCCUCCCCCGAGGAGAUGGCCAGGUACUUCUCAGCCCUUCGCCACUACAUCAACCUGGUGACGCGGCAGAGGUACGGCAAACGUGCCAGCCCCGAGGCUUUGGUGUCUGGGCUGCUCCUCGGGGCCAGCAGUGAUCGGUCACGGUACGACGAUGACUCUGCGUGGUGACCAGCUCCCCCAUCCCCUCAUCCCCCAAAUCCUCCCCGUCUCCGUCUCCCUACGGCACCGGGGCUCUGCCGCGGGGGUGUCCCCGGCACCUAAAACCAGCACGGCCCCCCCACCGGGAGGGCAAGGGGCCCCCAGAGCCCGGCCCGGGGUCUCCUGCUGGGGGACCCUGGCCCUGUCCCCUCCCCGUCACUGUCAGGGGGUCCU